AUGGCCAAGAUCGUCCGCAUCACAUUCCUGUUGCGAAAGCGCGACGACAUUACGCAUGAACAGUUCCAUAAGUAUUGGUCGGAAGAGCACCCAAAGAUAUGGCUAUCUGUCCCUAUUGUCAAGGAGAAGCUCGUAAAGUACUCGCAGUUCCACGUCGAUGAGAAGGUCGACCUAUCAGCGACAGGGCUACCGCCCGUGGCGCCUUUCGAUGGUGCUGCUACGAUGUGGGCCAAGAGCCUUGAAGACCUUCAUGCUGUUUUUACUGAUCCAGAGUAUAAUCGGAUUGUUGUUCCGGACGAGGAGAAGUUCCUCAAGCGGGCUGAAGCCGUUCCGAUGGUUGGUUGGGAUGAGGACAGGUUUGUCACAGAGGGUAUGUUGGGAGGUAUGGAGUAACCGCAAGGUCUGUCUGUCU